AUGCGGCCUUUCCUAGCCGCUGCCGGACAUAUCAGAUCAGGUCUCGUGUCUGAAGCCGAAGCUCCCCUUCGACACCUCGAGAGCGUCUACAUCAAAGGAUCUGAAAUGUGCCAGGAAUGUUACAAGACCCUGCUAGCAGCCCUGCUCUGGCUGCCCAAGCUUCGCAUACUCAGAACAGAUUUCGCUGCUUACGAUCAUUUCCCAGACGGCGAUACUCCCGAUGAGAACUGGAAGAAUGCUGCUGAACACUACCUCAAGGAAAUCCCGCCAUGCGAGGGCACAUCGUCACUUCGCCGACUCCGCAGUAUUCGGGUGGGCCAGCAUGACGAUGACAUGGGAGUCGUCAAAGGACCCAUCGUGACAGCCGUACUACAGCACGCACAGUCACUCGAGGUCCUGGAUAUGAAGCACGUCUUCUCGACAUAUAUUGACUUUGAUGGAAAAGGCUAG